CUUCACAGUGCUUGUUUUCAACGUAAAGCUGCUGCAUGGUGGAAGUUGCGAGUCCGAUUCCCUCUGGUCUCUCUGCACUCACAGGGCAAAAAAUUAGUAGCAAGAAAGCAUGUAAUUGACAAAGUCACGUGUUCUCACUACGGGAACGGGCACAGCCAGCUCGCGAGCGAAUGAGAGCGAAGGAGAGAGAGGCAGAGAGAGAGAGAGAGAGAGAGAGCGAGAGAGAGAGAGAGAGGGAGGGAGAGAGAGAGAGCAGUACAGAGGUGGUGUGAGUGAGGAAGGGAUUGAAGGGAAGAAAGAGAGACAUGACAAAAAUAUCAAAAGGCAGAAAGCACGCCGUACCAUGCGAGCUCAAUUGGUGACCGAUGGGAUCGAGGAUGUCGGAUUAAUGGUGACGACCGCAGCCCGUUUUCGCAGAGGAAGCUUCUCUAUUGCAACUUGGGCGCAGAGGGUCCGCGGGGAAACAUGGCCGAAGGAGGGCCGGGUAAAGGUGGCGGAGAAGACCCCGCCAAGUCCACCGAGCAGGAGGACCGGACUCGACCUCCUCAGGUUCUGUCGGGAUCAGGCUUCUGCAAGUGGUUCAACGUCCGGAUGGGCUUUGGAUUUAUCUCAAUGACCGGCAGCGAAGGGAGCCCCGUCGACCCCCCUCUGGAUGUUUUCGUCCACCAAAGCAAACUGGUGAUGGAGGGCUUCCGCAGCUUAAAGGAGGGUGAGCAGGUGGAGUUCACCUAUAAGAAGUCCUCCAAGGGCCUGGAGUCCCUGCGGGUGACCGGACCAGGUGGGGGACCCUGUGCGGGCAGCGAGAGACGACCCAAAGGGAAGGUCCCACUCCAGAAACGCAAACCAAAGGGAGACCGCUGUUAUAACUGUGGAGGUCUGGACCACCAUGCCAAGGAGUGUGGCCUGCCCCCUCAGCCAAAGAAAUGCCACUACUGCCAGAGCAUCACGCACAUGGUGGCUCAGUGUCCCCACAAGGCGCUGGCGCCCGCCUCAGGCUCUCAGGAACAACAAGCGUCUACCUCGGCCUUCAGCCCAGGGACCGGGCCCUACCUCUGCCCCCCCGAGGAGGAGGAGCGCUCCGGCUCGUCUCCCCUGGAGGGCUCUUCCUCUUCUCCCGAGGAGUCCCACACGCGCGGCCCCCGGACCCAGAGGUGGAGGAAAUCCUGAAAACAGCCAGUUGAGGGGAACCUUUUCACCGCUAGCCCCUGACCCUCAUGUCUCCUCUGAAUCAAGGAUACCUGAAGUCCCGCCCCCCCUUACAACCCCCCACCCCCCACCCCCACCCCCCUCAUCUACCUCACACCUGUGAAAAAUGGGAGGUCUUGAUUUCUAUACUUUAUUUUUUUUUUUUUAUGUUUCAAACCAGCGCAGCUAUGGCAACGAUCACCGGGGUACGGACAUGUGUGAACUCGUGUGACUGACUUGCAGUCAUCUGGUGCAGCUAUGGCAACCACCGCUGGAAAGGUGACUGCAGGGAAUGACUGUUUUUCUUGUUUCAAUCAGUGCAGCUCAACAGUGAAACAACAUGGUAUGAAUCUUGGUUUGAUGAUUUUUUUUUCUUCCCCCCCCCCCUUGUUUCGAUCCCUCUUGGACCUAAGCGUCCGCCAUAUUUGAAUGCUUUCCUUACAGUUAUUGGAUUUAAAGCCGUAAACGUGUAUCCUGUAGGCCCGAUCAUUCCGUAGACACAUGAUGCAUCCUUUUAGCGCACAUGGUAGCUCAUUUUUUAGAAGGAUUAGAAGACGACUUUUAAAAGCUCAAGACCCUCUGAGCGAUAAUCCAGACUCCAAAGAUUGUUAGCUUGGUUUUUAAUGAUCUAUAGGGAAACUUUACGGAUUGCAGAGGGAUUUUUUUCUUUUUCUUUUUAAAAAAAAAAGACGAUGGGCUGCUAAACACAUUCUCCGUAAUCUUGAAACGCUCACUACAUACCUCUCUCUUCCAUGAAAUAGACUGGACCAACUGAUUGUCAAAGAGUGAGAAUGUGUGUUUGAGAGUUUAGUGUGCGUUUGUAUGGGUGUGUGUGUGUGUGUGUGUGUGUGUGUGUGUGUGUGCAUGCUUAGAAAGAAAACAAGACUGGGAUCAACACUAUUAACACUCAGUAUCCUCUUAUUAGAGUUAGUCACGCCUUAGUUAUGACUUCAUAUAAUCCAGAUGAUUUAGACUCAAAGUAAUGGACUGAUCAUUAGACUUCCAUUUCAGUUGUUGCAUUAUUAGUUUGAAAUAACAUGGCAGUUUAUAAAUCAUAGUAUAAGUCAUUAAUAUAUAUGUAAAGUCACAAGAUAUAAUUGAAAUUCUAUUAACUUUAAGUCAUGCGUAUAUAAGGAAUUAGCUGACAUAGGUGAAUAGCCCUGUAUAUUGCAUGGGAUACUUUGUUGUUGUGUGAUAUCUUGUAGCUCUCUCUCUAUUUAACCACAAAUCCAUUAUUUUGUACUCGCCGCCUUCUUAGUCAGCAAAUCACCUCCAACCCAGCACAAACCGAACGCUCGCCUUGUUUGAUUAAAGGCGUACUUUCAGACCCGUUCAGUAUCAUCACAGCUGCUCUACUUAUGAAAUACCUCACCCCAUUUCUUCCUCUUGAAGAUGAAUGUCGCAGAAGGUCAAGCUGUUUUUUUUUUCCUUUUUGCUCUCCCAGCAAGUGAGAUCCAACCACCUGUCCCUCUUCCAUCUGUGCCUACCAGUUGUUAGUUUAGCGCAGCAGCAGCAGCAGCCAGGUAACGCCCGUUCCCUCCUUAGCGUGAGACGCCGUCGCCGCUGCUGCUGCUGCUGCUUUUAGACUCGCUGAAAACAGGGAGAGACGGAGAGAGAGAAAAAAAGUGCUGCUAUUGGUAUAACUUGACUCCCAAGCAUGGCUUUAGUGGCACUUAUUGUGACCUAACAACUCUUCUCUGACCAUAUUGAAUGUGAAAAGAGCUUAUCUGAAGUCGACUCCUCACAAAAAGUUCACUUCGGAGUUGCAUCUUAAUGUUCUGACAAAUCAAAAUAACUUUGUAUGAUGACAUGAAACUAGCUUGUGUGUGUGUGCGUUUUUUUUUGUUUUUUUUUGUUUUUUUUUUAAGCUCUAAGUAGACAACCAACUUUUUUGGUAUAUUUAUAUACCAAAGAGUUUGGCUUUAUUUUUUGAAGGCAAUUA